AUGCCGCGCGUACGUACAAUCGACCACGACCUGAAAUUCUCUUCAGACACGGACCGAGCAUGGGCUUCGUCCAUGAACGUCGAGGAAAGACGCCGAGCAUUCGAGGCCAAACUUGCGCAGGAGGAUCGCUUCGGCCGGGACCAGAUCAAAGCAGUCUUUGCUGCUACUCCCGCCUUCUUCGCAGAUUUCUUACGCACUUUGGCUGUCAACCUUGCCGUCUGCAUGCUCGGUGUCUUUCUCUGGGGGUGUGCGGAGAUUGACACUAUUGAAAUCUCGUCAUACGCCGGAACACUGAUCAGAGUCGCGGACUCUGCGGGAAUCGCUGUUGCUCAAGCCUUUUUCAGAUGGCUGGGCAAGUGGGUUGGUGGUCUUUUCUUGUUCAGCAUCGAAGUGUUGAUCAUCGCUUCGGUAGCUCUGACUCGGCGAUUGACCACGGAGUAUCCAGGGACUGAGACGGUUGGGGUCCUGCUUUUGUGGAGCGCCGCGUUGAAUGUGCUCUUUGCAUGGGACACGUUGGUCUUGACGAACCAUUCACCAGGUAUCGGCUGGGCCAACGCUGGCGCAUUCAACUACGUCUCUCGGCACCGGCACAUGAUCCUUUUUGCGGUGAUCCUCGUGGUGCUCGGCAUAGCAGAGAAAUUCACCGAAUCUCUCGUCAUGGACGAGAAUAGUGAUCGCUGUGCUGGCGAGUGCCAAGCUAUCUUGGUGAAGACGUGGCUGGGGGUGAUUCUCCUCUGGCUUGUUGCCUCUUUCGUGGCCUUCCGGUCUAGUUUGAUUGCUCCCCAGCCCGUUCGUCACGCAUCCAAUAUGCAACAUGAGAUGAUAAGAGCCGGUGACGAAACACGAAACUUCCCGCAGAGUCAACCCGAGGGGCACGUAGAUCAAGUUCCGCAGAUCCAGAAUUUGGGCGAUGCAACUGUUGAGUUUCUUGCUUCCGAGACAACUUGGGUAGAUCCCAAGAAGCAAAUAGACCAAUGGAUGCAGAGCCGUAAAGCCCAUCUGGCUACUGCUCUCUCGUGGUUCCUCUUCACCACUGCACUCUACAACCUGGGCUUUGACAACAUGAUCACCGUAAACACUGCCAAGUGGAUCUGGACUCGUGGAACCAAUCCACACGAGGUUUUCUACUGCAACGCAGUUGGCAACCUUGUCUCCCUCUGCCUGCUCUCGAUCCCUGGCUCCCUGAUCACGGCAAUGACCAUCGACAUCCUCCGCCGGAAAGCCAUUGCUCGCUCGGCACUUGCCAUCCUCAUAGCCCUUCAUUUUGUUGUCGGUACCACCCUUGGCCUGCUCUUCGCUUCGUCAAAUGAAAGACGUCUGGUGCUGUACGUAAUCGCCCAGUUUCCUUUCAGCUACGGGUCUCGCCCUGUCGCUUCUGUCGUCAAGACUGGAAGCUUACCAGCUCGACACCGCUCCACGUCCCACAGCAUCAGUGCCGCCGUUGGUAGUAUCAGUGCCAUCGUCGUGCGGCAUGUGUUUGACGCAUUCCCGACUGCAGAUGUCGCAACUGGCUCGCCAUGGGGUAGACUUUUGGUCUAUCUCUUUGGUGGGUUCUUUUUUUGCGGCGUGGUGACUACUUGGUUCGCCUCUGGGACUACGCCUGAUACGAUCGAGGUGCUGGUGGCGGAGGAUGCUGAUGCUUACACUGAAAGCGAGAGUGGCAGCGAUGAGAGUGGCAGCGAUGAGAGUGAAGACGGCGAGGGUGGAAGCGAGGGAAGCGAGGAGAAUGAUGAGUAG